AUGACCACGUGUUUCUGCAGGGCCUCCGACCAAAAGCGUAAAUUCAUCUUAUCUACUCCCAGCAGUUUUAGGCCGGUCACAAGGAUAAUUCUGUCUUCUACCUUGUGCUCACGGCCUACAUCUUCAACGUCCACCACUCUGUCGAAACCUGCAGCGAUGUACCCUCCCAUCAAGCCCUACGAGUCUGGUUUUUUCCCGGGUGCGAAUUCAGAGAAACAUCAACUUUAUUAUGAAGUGAGUGGAAACAAGCAAGGCGAUCCAGUUGUCUUCCUCCACGGGGGUCCAGGAGGCGGAACAGAUCCGAAGGAUAGAGAGUUCUUUAACCCUGAGAAGUAUAAAAUUGUGCUGUUUGAUCAACGGGGUGCAGGAAAGUCCACUCCGAGCGCGGAAUUGGAGAACAAUACUACGUGGGACCUCGUGAAAGACAUCGAGGUCCUUAGGAAGAAACUAGAUGUCACGAAAUGGCACGUAUUCGGCGGUAGCUGGACACAUCCAGACAGAGUCAAGUCCCUCGUUCUCCGCGGAAUCUUCACGCUAAGACAGAGCGAACUGCGAUUCUUCUAUCAGGAUGGCGCUUCCCAUCUUUUCCCCGAACAAUGGGAAGAAUACCUGGCCCCGAUUCCAGAGGCUGAACGGCACGACAUGAUGAAGGCGUAUCACAGCCGCUUGAACUCUUCGGACGCAAAUAUCCGUCUGGCCGCCGCAAAGGCGUGGGCAAAGUGGGAGAUGGCUACAUCAAGGUUGAUUGUAAGUGCGGAUGCUGUCGCCCAAGCGGAGAAAGGUGACUUUGCAAACGCAUUUGCUCGGAUUGAAAACCACUAUUUCGUCAAUGAGGGCUUCAUGCGUGAUGGUCAAUUGCUUGAGAAGCAGGAACUCGAGAAGAUCCGUCACAUACCAACUAUCGUGGUUCAAGGAAGAUACGAUGUCGUAUGCCCCGCGACUACUGCAUGGGCACUGAAACGGGCUUGGCCAGAAAUUACUCUGCACAUCAUCCCAGAUGCAGGGCACUCUUCGCGCGAGCCUGGCAUCGAGAAGAAGCUUGUAGAGGCAGCUGAUAUCAUGGCUUCCAAGGGUUUGUAGUAACGCGAGGUCUAUGGUCAGGAGAAAUGAUCCUGAAUUUUGAGAUAAUUUGUGUAAGAUAUUGAACAUAUGGAGUUUUAACUUGUCCGCGGAUCUAUCUUCCCGUAUCGUUUUGUCAAGGUCCACAAUCAC